UUCAUUUUUUCCCACAAAACCAGUCGUGGCUUAAGGCAUCAUUAGGCCUAACCUUAACCCCAGUUUUAGUGAAUAAUCAUUUCCAUUUUCUUCCCUUUUCUGUCUACAUCUUCUCCCAGUUUGGCUGCUGCUUCUUCUAGAAUCUGCAAGAAAUGUUUUUUCAUCGUUUGUUGUUGAAAGCCUUUAAGAAGAGUUGUUUUUAGUUGCAGACGAAGUUGAUGUGGUGGGGUUCUUUCUUCCAUGUGCAAGUUGUUGCUUGUGAAGGAGAGGAGAAGCUGAGGCUGCUAUUUGGGUCAAGAAAUUGAAGUGGGCACUGCAGUUUUCAAUAAAAAUUUUUAGAGUGUCUUGAGCUUAUUCACGAGGUAAGGGCAAAGCGAGAACUGGGAAGUGCUUGCCUUGCUUCAAAUGUUUGCUGCUGUCUUCGAGGUAUAAUAUGGAAAGUAAAAAAGAGGCCAAAGAGGGUCAGGUGACAGAAGAUUCGAUGAAAUUCAUGGACGAUAGCUUAGAAUCGACAGAAGAAAAUGGUUUGUCAGAUGUGCUAAUUAAAAGGUUAGAGCCACACCACCUACUUGUUCUAAACACAUCGGGUUCCUGCUCUGUUGAAUUCGGAGAUCAGAAAUUGUUCGUCCAUGGUCUAGAUAAGAAGCUCCCGAGGCAUAUAAUAAGUUUUGACGAAAGACAUUUAAUCCGUUGCCUUAAAUUGAUAAACGAGCAUGCAUAUGGAGCAUCGUUAGGCAGUUUUUCGUCAAAAAUGAGAGUUUUACAAGGUAAUGGCAAUGGCAGUAUGUGCAAUAUGAUCGGUUUGGCGAGUGGGGCUGAAAAUGUUGUCCUUAACUCUACAGGGGACGGGAUCAUUGGUGCUAUAACGCAUAGCAAGAGUAUGGUGAACAUCCUAAAAAGCCCGUUACUUGUCAAAUUGGGCAAAUUGGGCAACUUGGAUUUCGAUGUUAACUCGGGGAAGACAAAUUUACUUGAUGUUAAAGAACCAGCAUAUUCUGAUUCCCCGAGCUCGUUUGGUGAUUUUAAUUCCAGUUCAUCUCAGAUUCUGCAAUGGGAGAGGGCGGUUGGGUAUGACGGAUACCAAUCCCUACCCGAGCAAAGAAGUCUUAUUCCAAGGUCAAGUACAAACUCUACCUGUUCAGAUCAAUCGUCUUCUUCUGCUAUUUCUCAAGGAAUGCUCCAGAUCACAUGGAAAAACGGGUUACCACACUAUGUUUUCUCGACAGAUGGUAAGGAGGAGGUAUAUGUAGCUGACUUGCUCAAGGUGAACUCGACCGAUGAUAAGUUUUUGGAUUAUGUUUACAUAUUUCAUUCGAGAUCAGGUGCCAAAGGAGAGGGUAGUGUUGUCUGCAAUGGGGAAUCGAGUAUUGUGGGUCGAAUGACAGUGUCUACUUCGCAAAAGUCACAGAUUCUCGAGAGGCAAUUCGUGCUGUACGGUUGUGGUGAUGGCUUCGUGGACGAUACGCAAACCUCGAGUCACACAAGAAAGAACAAGAGACUAGUAAAGAGAGUGGCGGAUGCGUUUAGGGCAGUCCACACGUAUAAGCAGAGAAGCUUGUACAAGUUUAGUGGAGGAGCAAAUGCAAUUCACGAGGAAAAUCCUUGGAUGGAAUCCCAUAACAGCCCCGAUUCGGGUAUUGUUAGUGAUGCAGAAACCGUAUUUCUCCCUAAUUUCGAAUUGGCUGCUGUGGUUGUGAGAGAUCAUGUACACAACAGCCCGAAGAAAGCAGAAACCGGAGGGUGGGGCUUGAAGUUUCUCAAGAAAUCCAAGACGGGGCAGAAAAAUGCAAGCUUGGAGACCUCAAUACACUCCGAGAAUCCUUCUGUUAGUAGCGGAGAGUGCUCAACGAGCAUGGAUGUCGUAGUUCCAGCUGGUUUUCAUGGCGGCCCGAGAGCCAGAAAUGGCGGCCCUUCUAGCCUACUCGAGAGGUGGAGUUCAGGAGGGCAUUGUGAGUGUGGAGGCUGGGACCUCGGGUGUCCACUAACUGUUCUCAACACUAGACCAAACAAAACGAACGAUUUAUCAGAAACAGGCCUAUCUGAAGAUUGCAAAACUAUUGAUCUUUUUAUACAGGGCUCCCGGGAAAGUGUACCAAUCAUGAAAAUGGCAAACAUUCAUGACGGUUUAUACUACAUUCAUUUCCAAUCAACCCUGUUGUCUCUGCAGGCUUUUGCCAUUGCUACUGCUAUCAUCCAUAGCCGUAGUCCUAUCCUUCGAUCCAAAUUGUACAGGAAGUGAAGUAACAGCAUUAAAGAACUCCGAUACUUCUGCUACACCCCAGUUUUCGCCAAAGUUUAGAUGAAUUUGCAGCUCUUUAUCCCCUGAUUACACACACAAAAGUAGCCAUGUUACAUGAUCCUAAUGUUCGUAGCGUUUCCUUGCUAAAAAGUUACAUCGUUUUGCUACCACUGAAAACUACAGAAUAAUAGGCCAGUGUUAAUUAGCUUCUGUUGAUGGUUUACAUGACAAAAAACUACCAUUAUUAGCUUCUUUUUUCUUUUUGGUUGUUGGAAUGUUGAUCUUAGGGUUUUUUUGGGAGCAAUUGAUGAUUUGAUAGGGUAUUCAAAAUCCAUGUAAAACUUAAUUUAUGUGUAAAGGAGCAUUUGAAGUUUUGAACUUUGUGUUAUUUUGUGAGAUGGGUAAUGCAUGUAGAGGGUAUAAAGGGUGAGUUUGUAAUACAAAUUAGACUAUUUAAUUUUUGGAUGAUCGAUUA